GCCAGCAGGAGCCAAUGGAAGGAGUGGCCAAGUCGGUGGUGGCGCCAAUGGAGGUGGCCGCUGGAGCUGUGGGGGAGGAGGCCAUGGCGGUGGCGGUGGCGGCGGGGAGGAGGGGUUGCAUCCGGUCGACGCGGGGCCCGUGGACGGUGCGGCGGCAGGCGCGGGGCGGCGCGGUGAAGACGUCGCUCCGGCACCCGACGCCGCGGGAGCGGGAGAACAACCGGCAGCGGGAGCGGCGCCGGCGGCAGGUGGCCACCAGGAUCUACGCCGGCCUGCGCGCCAAUGCCGGGUACGCGCUGCCCAAGCAUGCCGACCAGAACGACGUGCUCCGGGCGCUCUGCGCCGAGGCGGGCUACCUCGUCGACGACGAAGGCAACGUCACGCGGUGCCACGAGCGUUCCUCGGGCGCCGGCACUGGCGGCGGCGCAAGCUGCAGCUCCGGCCAUCUGCAGCCGUCCUCGCACAGCCACAGCGUGGCGACGGAGGCAACAGCCGGGGGCAUCCACCAGGCGCUGCUUGAGCCGGAGGCGGAGCCGAAGCACAAGAUAUCCCUCGAGCUGACACUCUCCUUCUCCUACAUGUAGCCACUUAUAGAUCGAUCACCCUUUGCCUUACUAAUUAACCAGUGCUACCACCAGUAGGUUCGACAACAUUAGCAGUGCCCGAAUCCCCCUUUUGUGGAGAACUAGUUUUUCUUAAGCGUAAAAUCUGUUAUAACCGCCUAAAACAACCCCGUAGAGCAAGAGAACAACGGGACCCAUACCAUGGAUCACCCUCCUUCUGACUUCUAUAGCCCGCAUACGUUCGAGAGAAACAUGGCACUGGAAUGGAUGAAAUCUACGGUGAAACUCUGAAAAAUUUAACGGAGUUGCUAAUUUUAAGCCGGAUGAAAUCAAUUGGCGUUCAUUCGUUUUUUCUGUCCGUCAGAUCGCUGGGUUGCGAUUCGUGCUGUUUUUUUGAGCUUUGGAU